UUCCUUCUUCCACCGCCAUACUGUAUUUUAUAGUAACUCAUUUUUAUUCCUCUCUUUUACUCCCGCUCGUGGAAGGUUUUCCUGGAGAAUGAAGUGCGGGUUGGUUUCCUUGUCAACGGAAGAUGAAGUGAACAACUGAACAUCUCCCCAGUGCAGUGAUCAAGGGCUGCUCCUGAGAUGGGGACCCUGUGCGCAUUGGUUAAUCCAAGCCUGGUUUUGAAGUUAGGGCACACUCUGUUUCUGAGCCUGCUGUGUGUGGAGGCCUCAGCAGGAUUCAGAAUAUUCAGGUUUGAGAUGCUGAUGGAAUGUUAAAAGAACACCGCCCUGGUGAGCAGAGUGUGGACACAUCCAAGUUUGGUGCUCCUGGAAGGUGCCUUGCCAGUUGGUUUUUGGUUAAAGCUAAGUGAGCCAACCAUGACUGGCAAAACACAGACCAGCAAUGUCACCAAUAAGAACGACCCCAAGUCAAUCAACUCCAGAGUCUUCAUUGGCAAUCUGAACACCGCUAUUGUCAAAAAAGGUGACAUAGAGGCAAUCUUUGCAAAGUAUGGAAAAAUAGUUGGCUGCUCAGUGCACAAAGGUUAUGCAUUUGUACAGUACAUGAGUGAGAGGCAUGCGAGGGCUGCAGUGGCAGGAGAAAAUGCCAGGAUCAUUGCAGGACAGCCCCUCGACAUCAACAUGGCAGGAGAACCAAAACCAUACAGACCAAAACCUGGAAACAAGCGGCCUCUUUCAGCCCUUUACAGGAUUGUGUCAAAAGCCAUGCUGAAAUCUAGUUACAUUAUGCCGACCGCAGUCGCCCAUCCACCAAAUCAGUCACCCUGCCAAAGAAGGAAAUCAAGACUUGAUUCAAAGGAACCUUUCCUGUCUGUUGGAGGUUAUGUCUUUGAUUAUGAUUACUACAGAGAUGACUUCUACAACCGAUUGUUUGAUUACCAUGGUCGUGUCCCACCACCACCUCGUGCAGUGAUACCCUUGAAGCGCCCUCGUGUGACCAUGACAGCAACUCGUCGAGGGAAAGGAGUUUUUUCCAUGAAAGGGGGAUCACGAUCUACAUCUAGUGGGGCUUCCUCUUCAGGAUCCAAAUUGAAAUCAGAUGAGUUGCAAACAAUCAAGAAGGAAUUAACCCAAAUCAAAACAAAAAUUGACUCUUUGCUAGGGAGGCUGGAGAAGAUUGAAAAACAGCAGAAGGCUGAAGCAGAAGCUCAAAAGAAGCAAAUGGAAGAUCAUGCUGAGUUGAUCCAAGAGGAAUGCAUAUCAGAGAAUGCAGAUAACUCUACAGAAGAGCCAAUUGAAGUAGGGCCAGAUGCAGAUGGGGAUGGAGAAGAUAUGACUGAUGGAAUAGAGGAGGAUUUUGAUGAGGAUUGCAGCAAUGAGCUGUUUCUACAGAUCAAGUGAUGAGUGAGCCCCGUGGAGUCUGAGAAGAGAAACUGUGACUUCCCCUUUCCACUCCCCCACAGAAAUGUGAACUGCGGUUUCUUACUGGCUAGCAACACCUUUGAUUCAAUUUGUAUGAAAACUCACUUUACUUAUUAAAAUGGACAUUAUUGUUCAAACCUUAGAAAUUUCAUUUCUUAUAUGUUCUAAGCUGUACAACUGUCAGAUUUUUAUGGUUUAGAUUGUAAAUGUGUUUUCCUCUGGCUAAUUAUUGGUAUUAUUUGUUUUUAAUUUUGAUGUGUUAAAGGCCAAGGUACUGUAUGAUAACAAUACGAAGGACGUAUUUAACAGGCGAGAGAGACACUGUAUACAAAUGUAUAUUUGUAAAAGCUAUUUUUAUGAUUAGCAUGUUUUACUGUUUAUCAUAUUUAAAGUCACUUGAUAUUGCAUUUCUAUGUUUACAGUUUAAUUCAAACAUGUUCAUGUUAUGAUCAAAGACUUAUGAUCAAUCAUGUUGUAUGGUAUUUUUCAUUAAUUUUCAUUAUAUUGAUAGUUUAAAAUAAUUAUGUUUACUAGUAGGGAUAAUAUUGAAAGGCAAAGUAAUUGCUCUGUUCAUGCACUAUUUCACUGUAAUUGCUAAAAAGUGCAAAUAUGUCAACUAUUGGAUCAAUUGAUAAACUGUCAAUUAAACUCACUUGUUAAUCCCUUUUUUCAAACAAGCACUCUCUGUGAUGCCAUAGAUUAGCACGGUUAUUUCAUCUGUAUCCGUUACUCUCUCAAAGCAGUUUGUUGUUACCUUAUGAAAAAGUUUACAUAUCAGUGAAUGUCCUAUCCAAAUUGUAUUCCAGACAGGUGAAUGUUUUAUAUAUUUCCAAUAUUUGAAACAUGACAUUAGAUUACCAAAUGUUUUGUUUCACUUUCAGUCAACAGGCUCUUUCCAUUCCUCAACCUCUCAAGCACUCUCCACAUGCUUGAAGUUGGCAUAACCCAUUCUCACAGAGGCUGUAGGGGAAUUCAGUAUAUAAUUUCUUAAUAAAUCAUGCUU